UAAAUUCUUGUUGAUGUAGUGUGAUUGGGCAAAUUUUCAUUGCGAAAUAUUAUCUGGCGGAACAAUUUGCUACACUAGUCUUGCGGUGACUUGAAAUCGUUUAACAUUUAAUUAAAACUUGUGGAUUUAAACAUUUGAAAAUCAACAAACAUGUCAGGUUACCCUCCACCACCAGCUUACCAAGAGCAAAACAAAGGAGUUUCGAGUGCAUACCCACCCCCAGGGACAGGCUAUCCUUCCCAAGGGUACGUUCAACCAGGGUACGGCCAGACCGGGUAUACCCACCAAUCAACAACGGCAGUAGUUGUGACACAGCCAGGAUAUGCUGGCCAAGUGGUAGCAAUGCCAAGACCUCCAGAUUACAUGGUCGGCUCAAUCUUUGCUUGUCUCUGUUGUUUUUGGCCGACAGGAUUGUGUGCUAUAUACUAUGCAUUCCAGGUGAGUGACACAUAAAGUUGGUUAUUCAUG